AACCCAUUCCAUACUAGCGCCGUAAUAAUGCGCUCAAAAUAGCUUGAGUGGAAUCCCGGCUGACGCAAUAAUCCGUCCAAUAAUCAAUAGCGUGUAUACCGAGUGCCGUAAUUAUGCGCACCUGCGGAUGUAGCUCUGAAUGCCUAACGACGUAAAAAUACGUCCGAUUUAAUUGGUCCAUAAAGUAACAUUCUUUCUUAGCAGUCAUUUUCCCAACCAAUCAAAAUUUUUGUAACAAUCGUUUCCUGACUCGGAUGACUACUUUUUCAAAACUGGUUCCUGUCAAAACUUCGCGAAAUUCAGACGAAAACAGACAUUUUGACACAGCUUUUUUACAACAAUGGAGACGGAUUCUGACAAUGAGAGUGAUUUUAGUGGUUUUGAAUCGGAUGAUUUACCGUUAGCUGAUUUAGUUGAUUCGGAUGAGGAAUUAAAUGAUGAACAAAAUGACAGCGAUAAGGAAAAUGAGCCUGUUCGUGACGAUGACAAAUGGACUGAAAAUGAUCAUUCGGAUCAUCCAAAACAGGCAUUCCGUGGACCAGAGCCUGGUCCGAGAUUCGAUCUCGAUCCAGAUCAAAAUGAAUGGGACUUUAUGGAUAUGUUUUUUCCCAUGUUUUUAAUCGAACUUUUGGUUGAACAAACAAACUUGUUUGCUAGUCAAAAAAUGGAAGUUAAAUUUGACAAGGCAUGGCGACCUGUCACAGUGGCAGAAAUAAAGGCAUGGCUCGGAAUACGGAUAUACAUGAGCAUAGUUCAACUGCCUCAGAUGGCCAUGUACUGGUCAACCGAUGUCCUGUACGGAAACUUUAGUGUUCGGCGAAUUAUGACCAGGGAUCGCUUCAUGAAGGUCUUACAGUACCUUCACUGUAAUGACAGGACCAAAAUGAAGCCAAAGGGACAUAAGGACCAUGACAAACUGUACUUGAUUCGGCCUUUCCUGGAUGCGGUUAGAAAACUAUGCCUGACGCUAUACAACCCCCACAGAAAUGUUUCAAUUGACGAGGCUAUGGUCAAGUUCCGAGGUCGUCUUGGCUUCAGACAAUACAUGCCAUUGAAACCAGCUCGCUACGGAGUGAAAGUGUGGGUACGGGCUGAUCCAGUCAAUGGUUAUGUAAAUGACUUUCAAGUCUACACUGGCAAGGACGCAAACACCGCGGAAGUAGGUUUGGCUACAAGAGUAGUGUUGGACUUGAGCCGUGAUAUCAAGGGGAUGUUUUAUAUUGUGAAUGUGGACAAUUUCUUUACAAGUCCCGUGUUGUUUGAAGAACUCCUAAAGCAGGAAACAUACGCCCGUGGGACUGUGCGCACUAACAGGAAAGGCUACCCAUCUUCACUGCUGGGAAAGAAAAAAGUGCAAGAGCAGGGGGACUAUGUGUUCGCAACCAAAGGUGAACAACUGGCGUGUGUCUGGAUGGACAAGAAGCCCAUCUACACACUGUCCACUGCAGAAAAUCCAAAGGACAUAGGCGCCACUGUUUUGAGAAAAAAGCGCAACGGAGAAGUUCACCAAGUACCGGCCCCACGCAUCAUUCCAGAAUAUAACAACAACAUGAAUGGAGUUGAUCAUGCAGACCAGCUUAGGACGGAGUACCCAACGUUCCGAACAUCAAGAAAGUGGUGGACAUACAUGUUCUUCUUCAUACUGGAUACGGCAAUUACAAAUGGAUAUGUCGUGAUGAGGGAAUCGCCAUUCCACCAACAAAGAAGCCGAACUGGGAAGGCAAAAGACAGGACGGUAUUGGACUUCCGCAUGAACCUCUCAAAACAGCUGAUAGGGGAUUACUGCGAGAAUGGUGCGGCGAAAAUGGCGACGGUGAAAGCGGGGCACUUCCCUGGGCAUUCGGAAAAAAGAGGCCGUUGCAGACAGUGCACGAAACAAAAAAGAAGACAUGAAUGCAAUGUGAUAUGCCUUGAAUGCAAUGUACACAUCUGUGUCCCGUGUUUCAAGGACUGGCAUGUUGAGUUGGCUAACUCUUCCUAGAGUGAAGGUGAUAGAUGAUAGAUGAUUGUUCUGUGAACAAAGGGGAAUGAUAAAGUGAUAAAUAUUUAUUUUUAGUAUUUAUUCAGAUUAUUGUUUGUUAUAAAUUUAGAAAUUUUUAUAAAGUUCUAAUGAAUGAGCUAAGCAGUUUUGAACAGUUCUUUGGGUUUAUUUGGUUUUCAUAAAAUUAAUUACAAAUGAAACAUUAUUUUGCAAACUUUUUAUUGAAGGUAAAAGAAAAGAAAUUUUGUAUUUGUUACAAAAACUGUUUCUGUUUGUGAAAUAUUUAUUCUUGAAAUAAUUAUUAAAUUGGAUAAACUAUUUUGAAAAGAA